AUGGAGGAAAACGCAACCAAAGAAGCAGUAGCCACGCAUCUCCCGUCGCAACGCCUGCUGGGAAAGGUUAUGUUGGUGACUGGCGCAGGUGGCUCUAUCGGAUUGGAAGCUUCUGCGCGACUAUUGCAGGAGGGUGCAAAUCUUGGCCUCGUGGACAUCAGCUCGGAUGCCCUCGAGCGUGCUGUUUCACAGCUCAAAGUCAACAAAUCCGGAGAAACCAUCGAUCAUCGCAUAUUGACAGUCACGGCCGACGUUACUUCUGAGCAGGCUGUGAAGCAGUACACGACAACAAUUGUCCGUCAUUUUGGACGACUGGACUGCGCGUUCCUCAACGCCGGAGUGAGCUAUACAUCGACGAGUAUUUUUGACACAACUGAAGAAACCUAUGAUCGGAUCAUGCAGAUUAAUGUCAAAUCCGCAUUCCUGGGCAUCAAGUACGCCGCUCAAGCUAUGAAGGACCUAGGCACUGGAGGAAGCAUCAUCUUGACAUCAUCAAUAGCCGGUCUAAGAGGCACCCCCGGACUGAUAGUUUACUCGGGGUCGAAAUUCGCGCUGCGGGGGCUUGCUCUCACCGCAGCCUCGGAGUUGGGACCGCUGGGUAUUCGUGUAAACACCAUACAUCCUAGCGGCAUCAACACGCCAAUGUUCAAGGCUUCGUGGAGCCCGGAAAAGAUGGAGGAAUUGAGAAAAGGAAUGCCGCUGGGCAGAUUCGCCGAGACCGAUGAUAUCUCGGGUGUCGUGGCGUUCUUGGCUAGCGAUGAUUCCAAGUUUAUGACUGGGGGCUUCUUGAAGAUUGAUGGGGGUUGCGUCAGCUUUUAG